AUGAACCCCGUAGAUGGACACCUGCUCCUCGAACAUCUCAUGAAUGUCAACUUCACGACCGAUCAGGGAGAGCGAGUCUACUUCGACGAGCAUGGAGACCCGCCGGGAAGGUACGACAUCCUCAACUACCAGCGGCUGAGCGGAAGCGGGUACGGCUACGUGAGGAUCGGCACGUGGGACAGUGGGGACCUCAUUAUCAAUGCCAGCAGAUUAAUCUGGUCUGAGGAGAGAAACAAGAGUCUGCCUGAGUCCGUAUGCAGCAAGCCGUGCCCGCGUGGUCAGGUCAAGACGAUUCAAGAUGGCGGCGUCGCGUGCUGCUGGGUGUGUACUGAGUGCGACGAGUAUGAGUACUUAUUGGACGAGUACACAUGUCAGGCUUGCCCGCGUGGCUGGUGGCCGAACACCAACCUCACCGGUCAGUGA